AUGUCAGACAACAGUACCUUCGUGCAGCUACAGUCACGGCAGUCGAAACUUUUGGACGGACUCGAUGAACUGCGCACCAUUAGCUCCAUAAAGAACUUCGAAUUUCCGCAGCUGGUCGUCUGUGGCAGCAAGGGCAGCGGGAAGUCUUCUGUCCUCGAAGCGCUCUCACACAUUCACUUCUCUGGCAAGGUUGAGGGCUGCACACAGUUCGCCACAGAAGUUAUCCGCCGUCGGGGGCCAACAUCCACCUUCAAGGCAACGCUUGAACCUGGCCCGUCGUGCACAGACGCAGAAAGAACUGAGAGACUGCGCAGCUUCGAGUCAUCGCUAUCCACUCAACCAUUCUAUCUUCCAAAUCUACUCGAGCUGGCUAAAGAGCACCUAGGCUUGGAUAAACAUCAGAUUACAGAUGAUGUGCUCAAAGUCGAGAUAUCUGAGCCAUACGCACCUAACCUGAAGAUUGUCGACUUGCCUAGCCUUUUACCUUCGAAGAAAGAAGACACAGACAUCAUCAAGAGCUUGACCAAAAGAUAUCUCGAGGAUACACGGAGUAUCAUUUUAGCCGUCAUAUCAGCAGAGGAGAAGUCCGACCUACAGAAUGUGUUGGAGCUCGCAAGCGAGUGUGACCCUAAGAAAGAGCGGACAAUGAGUAUCAUAACUCAUCUAGACUGUCUGGAACCCAACUCCGAGCAGGAGAAGAAGUACAUUGACUUGAUCCAAAAUGAUCAGAAAUCUCUCCAGCUAGGCUGGCAUGCUCUGCAUUGUUGGUUCUAUGAUUCUCGGCCUGUGUGGAUUGAGGAAAGGGAUAGCAAAGAAAAGGCUUUCUUCAGCAAUACCCGUUGGGUGGCUGUUCCUCGCGAAUACGUUGGUGCCAUUUGUCUACGUUCUCGUCUAGGUGAUAUCAUCUCAAAUCAUGCUCAAAGCCAGAUACCAGGGCUCAUUAUCGAUAUUCAAACUAAAAUUGCUAAUCUCCGAGCCAAGCUUGAUGGGAUGGGACCUCCUCGCUCAGAAAUAAAUCAGCAGAGGAACUAUCUUUUCCGAAUAAGCAGAGACUUUGAGAGAAUUGUCGGUCAAGCUUUGAAUGGGGUGUAUCUGGACGAUUUCUUCGGUUCCUCCGAAAUCUCUGACAAUGCUUACGACUUCCGUCGAUUCCGAGCUACUAUACGAGAUCUUAAUGACUGUUUUGCUGAAGCGAUGAAUCUUCGAGGUAGUCGCUGGAGAAUUCAGGAGCCAUGGGAAACCGGGACAACGGAAAAUGUCGCCACGCAAUUGAAUCCCUAUUUGGAUGGUUGGGCCCCAAUCGAUAUUGAUCGUGCCAUGCUUGAAGCAAGAAUUAGCGAACACGCACACAGAAAUAGAGGCUUAGAACCUCCAGGAAACAUGAACAACCUAACUGUGGGGUUUCUGUUCUGUGAGAUGUCCGAACCUUGGGAAGGUCUUGCUCAACAGCACAUGGAAAUGGUUUGGGGCUCAGUACACCACUUCAUAAAGCUCUUGCUCCAGUGUCUUGCAGACGCUCGUACCGUGGAUCAGCUCAUGAACAAGGUGUUUGAACCGCGAUUAUGCGAUAUGAAGGAUGCGUUAUCUUCGAAGCUUCAAGAGUUGAUGUCAUACUUGAAGCGUGGACAUCCGCUGCCAAUAGGUAAUAGCUUUCUCAGUCGAAUCCGAAGAGUGGAGAAACAGGGAUCUAUUGUCAAUGCGGCAAGGAUUACAGAUACUGCUGUGGUCGAUGCUAAUCUAACAGCACUGGCUACAAUCACCGCUAGCCAGACGAUGCGCAACCCGCGAAGCACUAAUACUGCUGCCGACAUCCUCAAUCAGAUGCAAGCAUAUUAUGAUUCCGCAAUCGUGACUUUCGUCGAUAACGUUGCCACACUCGGAAUUGAAAAUUGUCUACUAGCGCCUCUCGAAGAAAUAUUCACAACCCAGACUAUCAGUGAAAUGAGCGACAAGGAAGUGACCGAAAUCGCAUGCGAGCCUGAGUCCUAUCAGGAGGAUCACAAACGAAUAUCCCAUGAACUAGACAAAUUAAAGGCGGGUCUGAAUGCGAUUAAAUCAUGGAGCAGAAAUCCUGCCAACAGCAGAGUCCCGUCAACCCUUGCUAGAUUCUAUGAGGGUAAGUUACUCGGGGCUUCUCUUGUGACUCAAUGA